CGGCACGGAGACGAGGUGGCCGUGAUCCCGCCGCUCAGCGGAGGCUAAACGCACGUCACAGGUUCCCCCAUAACCAGUGAUGGAGGAUGGACGGGGUCUGGACCUGAUUAAACUCACCACAGACAAACUCUCCACUGAUGCUGUGUCAGAAUCGGUGACAUGUUCCUCCUGUGGAGCCAUUUCAUUAUUCAUCGGAACCACCAGAGAUCAUUUCGAGGGAAAGAGGGUCGUUCAGCUGGAAUACGAAGCGUAUGUGCCCAUGGCGGAGUCGGAGAUGAGGAAAAUAUGCGCUGACGUGAGAAGAAGAUGGCCGACAGUCCGACACAUCUGCAUCCAUCACAGACUCGGCGUGGUUCCUGUUACCGAGGCCAGUGUGAUUAUCGGAGUCUCGUCACCUCACCGCAGUGACUCUCUGGAGGCCGUGAAGUACGGAAUAGAUGCUCUGAAAUCCACUGUCCCCAUCUGGAAAAAGGAGAUCUAUGAAUCGGAGGAGCCAUGCUGGAAAGAGAACAGCGAGUGUCUGUGGACAGGAAGUCGUGCCGAGAGAAAAACGACUUGACCUUUGGACUGUAACGAGCUCCAGGGCUUUUAUCUCUAAGCGGGGUCGUGAACCCACAGCUUGCGAGUGAGAUGUGGCUUUUUUCCUUGUUUUAAUAUGACUCGGCAAUAUUCGAGCAAAUUACAAAAAUAUAUAUAUAUGUCUAUUUAAGAGAUGUUUCAAAUCUAAACAAAUAUACUGCCAGGCUCAGAACUAGAAAUGAAGCAUUUGUGGGAGGAAAAAAAGAUCAAAUGUAAAGCAAAAUGUAUAUAUUCUUCGCUCUUGUGUGCUGAUUUAAAGAAAUAAAACACGUGCAGAUA